CACAGUGUCUUACUGCCAGGCAAAGGAAGGAGUCCAGGAAACACAGCCACAGAUCAGUAGGACCUGACCAGCUGCUUCCAGGAGCAUCUCUUGCAGCCUGAGCCGAGCGUUGGAUGUUUGCACUUGAUGCAUCUUCACAUCUGGAGGCAUCUGGAGCGGCUUGUGAUCCAGGAUUUAUUCCCUAACCCGUGGCAGUGUAGGAACGGAGACUUCUGCAGUGGGACAAUCCCGGCAGGGUUUUUUGGUGGAUUCUAGAGCGUGUAAACAACGUUUUACCUGUAGCAUCAUGUUGUGUACCCGCUGUUUUUAGCAUGACUGCUGUUAACAGUUUGGACUGUGUGUGAGAGCCAGCCAGGUUCUGUUUGCGUGUGGUGCGUGAAUGUGUGUGUGUCAGAAUGAGUGUCCCCAUGUUGAAGAUUGGCGCGGUGCUCAGCACCAUGGCUAUGGUAACUAACUGGAUGUCCCAGACUCUGCCGUCGCUUGUCGGACUCAAUGGAACCGUCAUUUCCUCUGAGGGCACACAUGAGCGGAUCGUCAGUGGUUUGUACCCGGGCUCAGAGGAGGGCUGGCAGGUGUACAGCACGGCUUCAGAUCCUGACGGCAGGUGUGUUUGCACAGUGGUCGCUCCGGCCAGAAACCUCUGCAAACGAGACCCUCGGAGUCGACAACUGCGCCUGCUGACUGAACAGGUUCAGAAUGUGAGUCAGUCCAUGGAAGUGGUAGACCUGCGGACAUCCAGAGACCUGCAGUAUGUCCGAGACUCUGAGCCGCUGCUUAGAGGCGUGGAUGGACGUUUACACACUUACGUCGCCAACCCCCGCACUCUGACGGCUAAGGGCCUGCAGGAGUUAAAGGGCCAGAUGUCUCAGCUCCGGCCCCUUCUGUCAGUGGUGGAGCAGUACAGAUUGGACCUGCAGACGCUGGCCACCCUGCGACAGGAGCUCCUCAACCUAUCAAUCACCCUGACAGCCAUUCAGGAAGAGAUAGGAGCGUACGACUACGAGGAGCUUCAGCAGAGGGUUUUACUGCUGGAGACCAGGCUGCACAGCUGCAUGAACAAACUCGGUUGUGGUCGUCUGACUGCAGUUAGUAGCCCGAUCACCGUGAGAGCCUCGGGGUCCCGCUUUGGCUCCUGGAUGACUGAUGCUAUGAUUCCCAGCUCCGACAGCAGGGUGUGGUCGAUGGAUGGCUACUAUAAGGGCAGGCGUGUGUUGGAGUACAGAACCAUGGGGGAUUUCACAAAGGGGCAGAACUUUGUGCAGCAUCUGUUGCCCCACCCCUGGGCAGGAACCGGCCAUGUGGUUUACAACGGCUCACUCUACUACAACAAGCACCAGAGCAACAUCCUGGUUCAGUACCAUUUCCGCUCUCGCAGCGUGUUGCUCCUGCGCAGCCUGAGCGGAGCCGGCUACAACAACACCUUCCCCUACAGCUGGGGAGGAUCCUCUGACAUCGACCUCAUGGCUGAUGAGAUGGGACUCUGGGCCGUCUACACCUCCAUCCCAAAUGCUGGAAACAUUAUGGUGAGUCGUCUGGACUCUCGCUCGCUGGAAGUCCUCCGGAGCUGGGACACAGGGUUUCCCAAGCGCAGCGCAGGGGAGGCCUUCAUGAUCUGCGGCACCCUGUAUGUCACCAACUCCCACCUGGCCGGGGCCAAGGUACACUUUGCCUACCACACCAACUCCUCCACGUACGAGUACACCGACAUCCCCUUCCACAACCAGUACUCCCACAUCAGCAUGAUGGACUACAACCCCAGGGAGAGAGCGCUGUACACUUGGAACAAUGGACACCAGGUGCUCUACAACGUCACACUGUUUCACGUCAUCAGGAGUGACGGAUAGAUCGACAUGUAGGAAAUGGUGAAGAAAAAAAAAAAGAGAGGGAAAUGUAGAGUUGGAGGUGAUGGGUCUUUUAGGACACACACAUACACAUGCACUCACAAACAUAAUGGCCAUUUACAGUCAGUUGGAAAACGAGUACUGCCUGUGUCUCUGAAUCUGAAUGACUUUUAGAGUGCGAGAGCUCACUGAGCUAAUAACUAGACACAAAACACAGCUGUCGAACACAUGCAUAAAGGUCACAGACGAGUCAUUCAUCACGGCGAAGAAGAAAAUUAACUGCUCCUGCUACAGGGACGCUGAUAGAAAGACGUCAGACACUUUGAGCUCAUCUAUAUUCUGUUGCGUUUCAUUACUCUUGUGUCUCAAAGAAGUUAUUUUGGAUGUUGAGGUUGAAUUGUCGGCAAAAAUAAAAUAUGGCUUUAAACCUCGAGCUCUGGCGACCGGACCUUAUGGAGACAUUCUGGGUUUGUGAUGUGAUCGUGGACGUGUUCAGUCAGCAUGGUUGUUCAUUCAAUAAACAUUACUGUCAAACUUU